AAUUACUACUACUACUACUACUACUACUACUACUACCACUACUACUACUACUACUACUACUACUACUACUACUACUACUACUACUACUACUACUACCACUACUACCACUACUACUACUACUACUACUACUACUACUACUACUACUACUACUACUACUACUACUACUACUACUACUACUACUAGUCCUACUGUAGUGAAGGAGAACACCGGUGAGGGCAACCGAAUUGUAUUUAUCGCAAAUUACAGAGUUACUCAGUAA